CAGUUAACCACUCCUCUGCAGCCAAUGCUAAAUACUUUUAGCGAGGCUCCAGGUCCAAGGUUAAUGUGAUAAUAAAUGUGUUGAAUGUUCUGCCUUCACUCUCUGCAGGGACACACUGUGAGGAGAGAGCCACAGAGGUCUGCAGGAUGGCCCAGGCAGACAGCAAGGUGCUGGUUCUGGGAGCUCUGGCUGGAGUGGCUGGCAUCGGUCUUGCUGUGGUGUGCUACAGAGGUUUAAGAUCAAAACGAAGAAGCUCCUGGCCAGGCUUCUACCUCAACAGCAAUAAUGAACAGGGGACCGGCCUCAUGCUCGUGGAUGGUCCAGGGAUGCCCCGCGGUCAAGUCGAGGUGCUGGAGCGCCUCGAGGCCCUGAUACAGUGUGUGUCUGAGCUGAAGGAGGAGAUGAAGUCUUUGAAGAACGCUCUGCCAACUCUACAGGACCACUUAAGGGAAGAGCUGAGGGGGCGAGAUGAAGUGAGGCGAGCCAGCCCCCACCACAGGACCACACCAACACGAAGGAAAAGGGCUGCAGGCAGCAUCACAGGGCCCAGAGCAGGGGGGCGGAGCUCCGAGGAGGCAGAGAGCGAAGGAGGGUAUAUAACAGCACUGACAGACUCUGAGGAAGAGGAUGAAGAGCUAAGCGAUGGACAGCAGAGUGAUAAAGAACAACCUGCAGACCAGCUCUCUGUCCUCCUCGAGAGGAUCGACAAUUUGCGCAAAGGCACUGACUCUGAAAAAAGGGAAAGUCUCGACCUUCUGCUGCAGCAGAGAGAGGAGUUUGGACAGAGCUCUUCGUUUCUUUGGCGGUUAACACGAGCUUACUGUGAUGUUCAUGACAUCAGCUACACUCUGGAGGAGAAGAAGAGUCACGCAGAAACAGGGAAGAAAAUUGGUGAGGAGGCGGUGGGCCUGAACCCUACAUGUGCUGACAGUCAUCAGUGGUAUGCCAUCAUGUGUGGGAUCAUGGCAGAAUAUGACACAGUGCAGAACAAGAUAAAGAACGGAUACAUCUUUAAGGAUCAUCUGGAUAAAGCCAUCGAGCUGAAGCCGCAAGACCCGCUGUCCUACUACCUGCUGGGCCGCUGGUGCUACGCCGUGGCUCAGUUAUCGUGGAUUGAGAGGAAAGUCGCUGCUACAUUAUUUGGAGAGCCCCCAAGUGCUUCAAUCGAAGACGCCCUGAAGAACUUUCUGAAGGUUGAGGAGCUCAAUCCAGGAUAUUCCAAGCUCAACUAUGUAUAUCUCGCUAAGUGCUACAGAGACAUUGGGCAGAGAGAGAGGGCGAAGAAGAUGUGUGAAGCUGCAUGUUCAAUGAAGGCUGAGUCCAAAGAGGAUGAAGAGGCACAAAAGGAGCUAGACUUACUCUGCCCGGCGUUGGGAGUGUGACCACAGCAGAGGAGGAUGUGUUUUUAAAUGCUGCUGAUAGUGUGUGUUUGUGUGUGUGUUUAUAGUGUUUAUUGAGAAGCCAUCAUGAUAAUUCACUCUGUGAGUGGAGGAAAGUGUGCUGUGGCAUCAUAACAGCUAUGAGAGCUGGAGCUACCACAGCCAGAGCCGUCCUCUGUGGUUUUAAAUCAGAGUUUUGUUCUUUUUAUUCUGUUUUUUAUUUUUAAUGGUGGAAAACAAACCUUCUGUUUCUGGUUUUAUUAAAUCAGAGAGGUCUUUAGUUUCCUUCCUUUAUCAAAUCAAGUCAUUUAAAAACUAGAAUAAUCAUAGGUAAUAGUUAAUGUUUUUAACUGUAGCAUAUAUAUACAGUUCAUAUAUUCCCAGUGGAUCUGUGCAGCAGCGUGUAGCAGACGCCCUCUCAGACCACUGUGCUGACACAGAAGUGUCUCCAGGAUACACAGCUUCCUUAAAAACAAAAACUUCUCACUCUUAAGGUGACCUGCAGGACUUUCUGUUCUUCCUCUUCCGUCCUGUUUUUUUUUUUGUGUGUGUCUCCAAUGACACAUUGAAGAGGCAAUAACAAAAUGUUGUCAGACAAUGGUGCACCCAAACAAAGAUCUAUGAAUGUUGUGCCCUCAGAGCGACCUCUUCCUUCUGCCUUCAGUCAGACCAGCUCUCUGACUACAUUUAAAUCCACAUUUCAGAGAAAUGAUGGGAUGAAAAUGACAUUUCUAUCAUAUCUGAUGAACUCUAUUAUCUGUCCAUUAAAGACUAUUUUUUAUUAUCAUACAGCAACCAUCCACUGAGUUUAAGCUCAGGAUAUUCAAAUCUUAUUAUCUAAAGAUUUAAGUUGUAUCUAUUUUUGUUGAACUUUUUAAUCUGACAAAAUCAUUACCAUUUCAUCCAAGAUAAUGUAUAGGGAAAAUUCAAGGCAAACCUGGGCAGUUAUUCAGUAAAGAACAUUUGUAAUUAUCUUUUGGCUACCUUUAGACAGCAAACAGGUUCAUGCUUGGGUAUCAAAUGGGUUUAAUCUACCCUCUUCCAGAUUUUUACUACCCAUUGUCUUUUUAGUUGAGAGUCAAUAAGUAAGGGACAAAUUUGUGUCAGUAUGUCAGAUUUUGUGGUGCAUGAAAAUUCUUAAUCAGAGUGAUGGUUAUAAUGUUCAAAAGGAAACAAAUGUCAGUGUUUUGUUGGAUAGAUUCUCCUUUAUGUACAUUAAAAUCUCCAGCCAGUCCAUCAGGUAUCAUUAAUCAGUAUAAAUAUAUCUUCAGCCUUUCAAAUAGCAGCAACCAAUGAUAUAGGCAUGUAGACAUGGUUGAGAUGAUCAGUUAAAGCUCAAACCAAGCAUGUUAUAAGAUGAUUUAAGUGGCUUUGAAUGAGCUAUGGUUGUCGGUUCCAGACAGGCUGGCCUGAACAGCAUUUCUCUGCAGGGAUGCAGAAUAUUGGAUUUUUGCCUCAGCCCUUAAAACACACUCGAAUGUUUAGGGAUGAACAAAGAAGCAAACUUAAGUCCUUAGAAAUUACAUUUAAGUUUAAGAAAUGUGGAUGAAAAAAGAAAAACAAAUAGGCUGAUGUUGGUCCUGCCUAAAAUCCACAAAUAUAUUCCUACAUGCGGUGGAUAUUUACAGCUGAUAUGCUGUACUUUGCAGAAUUUCUAGGCAUGUUUGGGCCAAAAAUUGAGGCUGCAGUAAAGUGUAGAUGUGACGAGUAUGCUGCCUCAGGGCACCAGCAGUGAAGGAGGAUUGGCACAACCACCAGUCAUGCUCUGGAUGUCCUUCCAUAUUACCAGGGCCAUGGGAAAAUAAUCGUUUGAAAAAAAAAAAAACUAAAGUCCAAACCUUAAGGGUGGACAGUAAGGAAUGGAUGUGGCAAGUAAGCUCGGCCUAGGGUACUGUCAGGACUGGUAGAAAGGUUUCCAAGAGCCCCUGGUCGUGCUGUGAAUGUCCCAAGGGCCCAAAUACCACUGGCGGUUUCCGGGCGUAUUACCAGGGGUGAAAAGGCCUGGACAAAAGAGUUUUCAUCAAGCUUGAUCUUGGCUACCAAGCAACACGUGUCGAACGUGUCAUGCUUGACUCUGCCCAUUGGGCAUGUGAUGAUUCCUGAGCACCUUGCAUGCCUGAAACAUAUGCACAUAAUUGUAUAUCAGUUGAAAAUAUCAUAAGAAAAUGUCAGCUGUCAAUGCAGACAAUUAACUUUUUAAGCUAAUAUCUCCUUAUACUGAUAUCUAAGUUAAAUAUCAUGCAUCCCUAGUUAUCUGGGUCACACUGCUCUGUUGAUGGUGGUCUGAGGAGAAUGACCAGGCUAGGUGGAGCUGAUAGAAAGACUACAAUAAGUCCAAUAACAAGGUGUUAUCACAGAGGUAUGCGGAAGAGCAUCUCUGAACAGAGAGCAAAUCAAACAUUGAAACAGAUGAGAUGGCAUCAGAAUACCACGCCUGCAGCCGCUCCUGUCAGUAGAGUACAGAAAACUGAGGCUGCGAUUCAUGCAGGCUCAUCAAAAUUGGACAAAAGAAGACUGUGACAGUGUUGCCUGGUCUGUUUUGGCAUUAACAACAUGAAAGCCCACUAGACUGUCAACAGCCAUGGCAAGCUCAAAGUCACUUAAAUCACCUUUCCUAUCCAAUCCAAUGCUCCUUCUGAAUUCAGCACAUCAUUUUGACCAUGUCUACAUGUCAGAAGGAUUUGGUUGCUGCCAUGUGAUUGGCUUAUUCGGUAUUUGUGUUAUUGACUUGUUGAACAGGUGUACCUAAUGAAGUGGUUGGGGAAUUUAUAUCAAGCUCUGACUCUUAAAUUCGAUUUCUCUAUUGUUAUUUUUUUCAUCUGUGGGAUGGAAAUCCUUUUUAAGGGGACAUUUUAUAAUGGCAUUUUACAGAAUUGUACCAUUAAAAGCCUCUGAGUUGAAAAAUGAAAAUACAAAUAGGAGGCUGUAUGUAUACAACUAGAACAUCCAGAACAUCAUGGUGCGGCUUCAUUUGUACUCAAAGAACAAAUAAUAUGAAGUGUAACAAAUGACUUGUGUGCAUGUGAGUGAAGGUGCAAAGAGAGUUAGGUUGAUGGAGCUGCAAUAAAAUAAAAAGGAGUUUAGCAAAAGCUGUAAUUAAUUAAACAUGUAUGAUGGCCUCAUAUCCUACAUUCCAGGUUAGCAAAAGCCACUAAAAUAUGAUUGGAUAAGACUUACAUGGUGUUCAAAGAAUUGAUUUCAUGACUUUUAUGCAUUACUGACUUGUGAAACGUGCUUCCCUUGAAUCUUUUCGAUGCAAAUUGAAUGCAAUGUAAGAUUUUAGUUUAUUUAAUUCUUGAGAUUUGUUUUUAUUUUAGAGUUUAGUUAAGUUAUAUUAGAGCUGUGCAACAACUAAAAGAACUGUUCUUUAUUGUCACUUUACCAAUGUUUCGACCAGCAUAACGAAUGUAUUUGGUUUGAUUCACAUGCCAAAGCAAUUCCUUAAAGUUAUAUGACACCUGAAACACUACACAGAGAUGAUACUGUAUGGUUUAUGACAGGCAGCGUGCACUGAAUGAUUAAUGGUACUGGAAUCUAUAAUUAAAUCUUUG